AUGGUGCUUACAAGAGUGCGAAAGUGUGAAAGAAGGCGACGUAAUUCUUUAAAAACAGAAUUGUAAGAGUAAAUAUUGAAAAUGACAUGAUAUUGUGAUGUAGUUCCAAGAAGUUAAAGAUAGAAAUAAAUUAUUAUUUCUCUAAAGUUCUUCAUUAAAUUUUAAUAUUUAUUACCCCAUAAGAACAAUUUCUUUAUAACUAAUUAGUUUCCUUUUUACGAAUGUUGCAUCAGAUUCGUAAAAAGGUACUGCCCGUAAGAGAUUCUUGUGAUGUAGUUUGGCAAGGAUGCGGGCAGGGAAAUAUUGAUUCGUUAGAAAAACUUCAGCGACGGGCAGCGAAAUUAAUUAAUCCAAAUUUAAAGUCAGGCAUUGAAACAAACAAGUUAUUAUCAAAACUAUAACUAAUUUUGACAUUUGCUGUGUUGGUGUAAUGUACUCAGGUGAAUAAGAUGCUUGUGUGAUGUUACUCUGAGUGUAUAUCCACACCGGGCAGGCUUGAAAAAUAUGCCAGGCCACGGUGGGAUUCGAACCUACGACCUUUAGAAUAUUAGCCCAAUGCUCUGCCAACUGAGCUAGGUUCGAAACCCACCAGGCAUAUUUUUCAAGCCAGGCCGGUGUGGAUAUACACUCAGAGUAGCAUCACACAAGCAUAUAACUAAUUUCUCUAGAUUAUAAUAUAGACGGAAAUAAAUAAAUAUCUAUAAAAUUGUAAAUAAAUAUCUGUUAGGCAUUGUUCCACCAUAUAUGCUAAAUUACUUCAGAUAAAUCAACAGUAUCAUUCUCCCCUCCUUAUUGAAUGCCAUGCAUGACAUGCAUGCGGAUCUUUCUUCUUAUCUUAUCAUUUACAGGUAUUUCUCUACAAUUGUUGAUAUCUUCUACCUAAGAUUCUUCAUCAUGGCUGGUUGAUCAGACACAACCCUGCAUUAACUCUAUCAAAUCUCAUACUCAUGCGCGCAUACUCUUUCAUAGUCAUAGAUCCGUUUUUCUGUAACCUCAGUUACGUUAUACAUUCCUCCAUAUCUAUGGAUCUUAACGACAAAACUCACAAAAUCUGUUACAGUUUAAACCGAGUAUAUUCUACACGAUAUAUUAUAACUUUUAUCGUUAUAGAAUCGUAUUAAAACAGUUUACAAUACUUAAAUAUAAUCCAGAAUAAAAAGUCUCGCAACGUUUCUUGUACGUUUUCAUCCUCGUCCCCAGAGCCACGCUCGUUGCUCUCGCUCAGUGGAGCAACGAGCGUGGCCCUGGGGACGAGGAUGGUACGUUUUUUACUUUUUCCUGAGCACGCGAGGCGCGCCGCUGGAUGUGAACGAGAUAGAACGAUUAGGGCCAGUACCCAUGCUUAAUUUCAUCGACAGUAUUGGUUCUUGGGCCGUAGCUGGAAAAACGUAUUGGCGAGCAUCAAAAUGGAAUAUUUAUAAAGUUUUAAAACAUAUUCAAAAAUUAUAUUAUCCAGCUUCACCGUUUUUUUCUGUUGAAGUGACCAAUGAUCAUUUAAAUUCAACGAGGCAUCUAAUUAAGGUAAGAUUUGUUAGAUCAUUGAGACUGUCAGCUUAACCUUGCCAAAAUUGUUUACUGUUGCUUCAUGUGUAUAUUUAAUUCAUAUCUAGGUUGAACAAUCUGGACUAAGUUUGCAAAGACAAAUAUAUUUCAAGCAUCCUGAGGUAAGAAGAUGGUUAUAAGUUAGGCAUCCAAUAAGUUUAUUACAGACACAGAUAGAUAAACAAUUUCUCUAGUCUAAGCUAGGCCUAAUAUAAAAGUGAAACUCUGUUAACUACAGGUACUCUGCAAAACUUACCCAAUAUCGUGAUGUACGUCGGUACUAGAGUUGAGAGUGUAUAUCAAGCUAUUGCAAUUUAAUAAGAAUCACACAGGUGAUUUUUCCACUUCAAUUGUUCUUUGAGAGCUCCCAAGGACACACGUUCGUCACGAUACAUUUGGAAAACAUGAGGCUUCAGGUACUGCAAAAAACAACAUGACCGGUCAUGAUUCCUUUUUGUCUUAUUAAAUUGCUCCAGAAAAUAUCAAAUGCUGUUUAUGCAGAUAGAGCGAUGUGAUCACGACAUUGCUGUACAAUCGUUAACUAACAGUCGCUGUUGAAUUGCUUGCAUGUGAUUUGAAAUUGUCCGUGGAUAUUCAAAUGUAUUUUUACUUUUGAAGAUGGUGAAGAUAUAUGAAGACUACAUGGCGAAAGUUGCUGUGCUUCUUGGGGCAAAUCCCAAGAUUGCUAAACUACAUAUGAAACAAGUGAUGGAAUUUGAAACAAACCUUGCACAUGUACGUACCUGGAUGUAUUACAAAUGGUAGUCACUCUAAGGAGAUCAAUAUUCACCUGGUUUCACUUUCAUAAGACUCACAACGUUGGCAGUCAGCAUUUCUGUCCUAUCCAGCUGCAAAGCUCUCCCUCUCAAAGCCAACGUCUCUUAUCAAGCAUUGUAACCGGUCUCGCCAAUGUGGUGUUUAUUAGCAUCUUCCUGAUUUAUCCAAUAAACAGCACAAACCUAAUCUUCAUCCUUCUUACCGUGUUAUUCUGCAACUCAAUACCAUUCGCUGUAGAUUUCCUUUGGCAGUUUGGUUCUUUCUCAAAUGAACCGAUCAUCUGGGCACGGCAGUUCCCAAAUUCACUCCUUUCCAGUUAAUUCUAUCAGAGCAUCAAGGACUGCUACAAACAAGAAAAGUGUAAGAGCUUAGCUCCGGUGUAGUCUAAUACUCUUCCUUUAUAAAUCUUCUUUACCAACUGUUAGAGAUUCAGACAUUCCUUUAAAUUUUAAUACAUGCCCAAAUAGACAACUUCGUUUGGAACCCACUUAAAAGAACCUCCCUACAUUUUAGAUUACUGCGUCUGCCGAGGACAAAGCUGACGGAAUUUACCGCAGGAUGAAGAUCAAGGAACUUAUCCAUCGUGUACCACAGGUAACCUCGUUGUAAAUGAUCCUAACAUAGCAUCAAUAAUAGUAUCCUAAUUCCAGUGGUGUUAUUCUCUAGAGUUUCUAGGGUUAAGUUUUUGAAGGGUUACUUUUUUUAAUGGUAUAAACAUCAUAAAGAACUGCAUUCUAUCCUUGCACUCUCAUACAUUUUCCUUCCACCAUUUCUCCUCCCCCCAUUGUUUCCACAUUGUCUAGUUUUCCUUUCUCUUUUACCACAUUUUUCUUUUGCUCCUUUUCUCCAGACCCUUGACUUUCCACCAUUUCUUCCUCCCCUGCACUCCACCAAUUGUUUCCACCUUUCUCUAGUUAUCCUUUCUUUCUUUAUCUCUUAUCUCUUCUUCUUUUUCUCUUUUACUCCAAACCCUUGACAUUCCACCAUUUCGUUCCCCCAUUGUUUCCACCUUUCUUUAGUAUUCCUCUCUCUCUUACCUCUUCUUCUUUUCCUCCUUUCCCCCAAAUCCUUGACCUCCGACAGCAGAAUAGGGAGCAAAAUAGCAAAUGGUAACUAACUUAAUCUUCAAUCAAAGAAGACCAAUACGAACUUCAAUUUACUUCAUGGAGUAAAAUAAUGAUGGACAACAUGUGGAAAUUUGUAUGCAGAAACUGGCACGAAGGUGUGCAUGAAUUUCCUCAACUGGUGUGGAUGAAUUUCAUCAACCAGCCAACUCUUCUGGUAAAUAUGUCGUGAACCUUUUAUAUAUUUUAGUUUCCAUGGUUACAACAUUUAAAGUAUAUCUUUCCUGGUGCUCACAUCAGCAAGACAGAUGUUGUGUUGGCAACGUCACCAAAAUAUCUUCGUCAAGUUACGAAACUCAUCAAACACACACAAAAAAGGUAAGCAGACUGUUUGCGUCGCAUUGCUUAGAAUGUUGUUAGAGAAAAGGCAAAGUGUCCGCUUUAGGUGUCCAAUAGUCUAUGCAUGGUUUAGUUCAAUCAAACUACACACAUUCUUAGUCAGGUGAAAGUAGUUAACACUAUUACUGCAUUUUUGACGAGAUUGAUGUCUAUUUGGUGAAGACCUCAACUACUUCUGAUUGAAUUUAACUAGAGGGUACAGAUAUGCAGUUGAGCACAAAAAUUUGUGCAGGAUUGACCUCACUGUUUCAAAUUUUCUAUUAGGUACAGUGGUGAAAAUUUACUCAAAGGACAGUGGUUUUCUGUACAAACAGAUGGAACAAAUAAAACCUUACUAACGAUUUCGGCCUAAUAGUUAAUGAUAAACAAAUAAACGAAAUAUUCCAUAAUACUGCACAGAAAAACAAUUUUCCAACGGGUAUAUUUUCUAUCUAUUUCAGAACACUUUCAAACUAUUUGGUGUGGCAAAUGAUUCGUAACAAAGUAAAUAUCCUUUCUAAGCCAUUUCGCAGCGCAUAUGGUGAACUAUAUUACAAAAUGCCCGGGAAAUUAAAGGAAAGAGAUUUAACCUCAACAGAUUCAUUAGUCAAGACUGCUUACUUACAAAGCACUGACCCGUAUGUACUCAUUAUCCUUUCGCAUUUUUACAUUAUUAUACAUCGUCGCAAUGCAACUAGACUUUAAAAAACAUUUAUCGUAAUUACAAGUUUGGGUAUAACGAGAAAUUGCACAGGGAACACGAGCCUGCAGAGCAAGUAUUUUCACUCAUCCAAUAUAUCGUGAGAGGGCUUAAAUUUUUACCAGUGACCAACGCACAAACACGUCAGCAACUCGUUCAAAUGUUUCAAUUCUCUCUCAGCAAUUCCGUUUUCCAAAUGCUUAGGGACCGGUUAAUAUUUAUGGCGGGUGGUGAGCACCGAAGAGAAAUGUUUUUCUUGAUAAAAAUGAUGUUAUUCCAACCAUUUUAUCCAACCUCAAGUACCAAUUAAAAAAUAAAUACUCACCCUGGCCACUACGUUACAAAAGGAUACAAUUCUGCUAUUUCAUGCACAUGUCCUUUAACACUUCUGUGACAUGAGUUUGAAAACUGCUUGUGCAAUUUUCUGCAAUCUAAGGAUUCAUGUUGUGUGCACAUGUACUUUCUUUGGAGACACUUUUGCCUCCUGACAAAUCGGAAAAGGGCCGAAAAGGAAAUUAACAUAUUGCUUUAUUAUCUUCAAUAUUUGAGUAUGUCAUGACAAUAAAUGACAAUACAUUUUGUUUAUCCAACCCUUUUCUUUUCGGUGCCACCCCUGCCACAAAUAGUACUAAUUAUCUUUUUCAUAGCAUGAAUGGAAAUAGUGUGGAUAUACAGUACAUUGGAUUUAGUGAUGCGAAUUUUAUUUCCAUAGACCGUAGAGUGGAUUUCAAUUUUUCCGCAUGGUUCCAUGCAGUUAAACUGGAGUGGAUGUUUCCAUUAUUAUGUUAUUUUGACUUUUGUAUAAAAUAUUAUAAACAACAGUGGUUUUAUUUAGGUUGCUAUCAAACUACGUCACUUGGCAAAUGAUAAGAGAAAAGGUUGGUCUUCUGUCUAAACCGUUCCGUAAAGCUCGCUCUGACUUCAAUAAUAACAUAACUGGAGUGAAAGACAGUGAAGAUCGCUGGAGAACAUGUACCAGUAUUACUAAUGACAACAUGGGAGUUCCUAUUGGGAGUCUGUAUAUCAGGAAAUAUUUUGAUGAUUCAAGAGUCAAUACGGUAACCAAUUAUUUAUUUAUUUAGACAGUUUUCACUUUUAACAAUGCACAGCUACUUGAAAGCUAAAAAGAAUGGAUGUUAUAUACAGUACUGUUCUUGCUGAAUAACCGUCAGGACCCGUUCGUAAUUCAUUUUGCAUUCCUAUGUAGGUGGGUUUCAAGUAAUCACACUAGACUUGAACCAAAGGCAGAUGGAGGUCAAAUAAUGAGAUUCCAUUGAGAUUAUUUUGUUUAAAUGCUCUCUACGUGCACUUAACUGGAAUACGAUGAAAGCCAUCUAUAUACCAGUGCAAGAUGCUUUCUACUCAAACUAGAACUCAUUUCGGAUGCGUUGCCGUUGGAAACGAAAAAGUUUGGGGACGCAUGAGUGUGUGUUAGGUUAUUUCUGAGCAGUAUUGGUACCGUAUGCUACUGUCUUUCUUCAGAAAUCUUACUUUUUUGUAUCAUCCUUUCAUUUACUUGCCAGCCUAUUGUUUUAGUUAGUUUGCUUGCCAGUAUAAUUACUUCUUAGUUUGGAUGACGAAUUAGGAUUGAAAUAAGUGAUCAACUCCUUUGUGGAAACCAUACAUACAUAUACCAUACCCUAUACAUGAUUGCCAAUUUGCCAAUACCACUGCUUGUAUAUCAUGUUUAUGUAUAUUGUAUUUAGACGCUGAAUUUACAUUUUAUUUCAGACUGCGGCCAUGAUAAAUAAGAUUUUGGAUGUAUUUAAACACAGAGUCACGUAUCAUGACUGGAUUGACAAUAAAACAACUAAAGGAAUAUUGGAUAAGGUAUGGUAGGCAAUGUGUUUUCUGAUGAAUAUUUAAUUCAAUUUAAGUUUUUCCAAGCGUUUUUUAUGUCGAGAACGUCUACAUCUACUAUCAAAUCAGUUUAAUUUUCGACCUUGGACGAUAGAAUUUUCUAAAAUUAAUUGUUUUACGCUGGCAGAGUUUUUAUCCCAAAUUGGGAUUUUGUAAAGUGAUUGGGAUUUUCCCCCCGAUUAUUUUUUCAGAAAUAGUAUUAUUAUAGUAAUACUUACCCCAAAUCCACUUGGCAACUCUGGACGCCGGUAGUCAUAUUCUUUUUCCUUAAGGCAAACUCUAUUGUCAGUAAAGUGGGAUAUGCUGCUUACGUCAAGAAUCGACAAUCACUUAGAAAGAGAUUCAAAUUGGUAAGUACUAGUUGUUUGUACGUACUGCACAGGGCCGUUCGCAACCUGUUCCCAGGGUAUUUGCUCUUGGGAAGCAAAGACCAAAUACCAAGAGCAAAUACCCUGGGAACGAGGUUGGGCCGUUCGCAGGAUUUUUUAACCAGGGCAGUAAUACCUAUCAGUGCUGAAAUAUAAGUACCCAAAUGUCAAUGCGUUCAAAGUCAUGUCAGCCGUUAGGUGCAUGCUUAUGGUAGCUCCAUACAGAAUAAUACAUUCACAAGAUAGUAGAAUCACCAUUUUGUGUGUGUAGUACAAUUUUUCGGUGAAGAAUUGCUCUGCAUUUUGUGAUGUCCGUAUUGGGGACGUCUUGCUGUUUUUAAACAUUGUUGCAAAUUGAUUAUAUAUUUAGCUUGAAGUUGACCCAAAGAGAUUCUUCUGGAAUAAUGUGAAUGUUGACAAGUGGGUGAGACGACGGCUAUUUGCAAAAUUACGAAAAACCGUCGAUUCAGAAAAGUACGUACAAACACUAUUUCUUUGCUAAUUCAGUAUAUUGUGAAAUGAUGUCAACGUCGAUAUUAUGAGUGACUGGUCUAACGGCAUGUGGAUUUUUAUAUUUUUUCUGUAUAUCGUUUUAAUUAAAUUAUCCCCCGUUUUAAAUUAUCCUUUGGAAUGCAUCUCAGUUCGCUCUUGCGUUUAGAUAAAGCGAUCAGGGCUUAUAUUAUUUACAAACAUCAGAUAAAAUUGAACUGAACAAAUGUAUAACCUUUUUUCAAAUCUUAUUUCACUCUUUUUCCGCCUGUGGAGAAAGUUUUAAACAUUUAUGAUUCCUUCCUUGCAGGUGGCCGAUGUUUCCUCAAACUAUAAAUGCGAUGUAUCAAUUUUAUGAAAACGAGAUAGGUAUGGAAGAUGACUUUCUUUUCUCCACAUUCACAAUGAAAUAUCAAAGUAUAUUUUGCAAAAAGAACAACAAAACUAAACUGGACAGGUCUACAAUCCAAAUGGGGGCAUAUCGUAUACAGUCGUAUUAAUGGACCUAGGAAUCGGAAGAAAGAACUGCUUGGAGAACGACUGUCUGCCCCUACUGACAUCCUUUCGAUGAGCCAAGCCGUCGUUUGAAACAUCGAAGAUCAUCAAUCGUUCUCUGGUUGUUCGACUAAAAACGCCACAUAUUGAGACGUAGAACCAUCUUUGAUUCAUUAUUGCUCAAGGUGGAACUACAAACUCAACAGUAUCUCCCUCUACACAGUGUCCUUCUUCUUCCCACCUAGUAUCAAGAAAGAGGCAGUGCAACUCUUUCUGCGCACGAAUUACAACAAGAAUCCUGAAUCCACCAUAACAAUUUAUUCACAAUUGCAAACCAUUUCAUAAAAACAACUCCACUAAUGGUGUAUCCAUUUGUAAUACUUCAUGUACAGUAGCGUAGCCAGCCCGACGAUUUAGUCCCGAUAUGCAAAUAGUUUCGUGUUCAUUGACUGUGAAAACAAUCAAUUUCUAAAGAAAUGAUAAUAAUUUUGAAUUUACAUAGCGGGACUAAUUGUAGUUAUUUUUACUCUCUUUUAGUCAUUCCAGCAGGAAUUUUAAGACCGCCAUUUUACUACACCGGAAGUGUUCCCAGGUAACAGCUUAUAUGUUUAGAUGUGUAAUAUAUGUGCGACAUUAUUUUACUAAUCCCAAAUUUGAUGUUUUUCGAUUCAAUUGUCUAUAAUAGAAAUAUCUGAGCACGUAUUUACCUCCCUUUAAAACGACGCCCUGGUUGAAUUGGGAUUUGUCGAUGAGGAGUUACUAAAUAACUCUUGUACUUAUAUAUUAGAUCUCUUACGUACGGAGCAAUAGGAUCCAUUAUUGGUCAUGAGCUCACUCAUGGUUUUGAUAAUACUGGUAAGUGACAGGGAUGAGAUGUAGCCUUUUGAAUCCAGGGGUCGGUUGUAUAAAAAAGUGAUUAAACUGUUAGCUAUAGUUAGUGGAAACGUCAUCCAAUAAGAAGUGCUUAUUUGAGAGUUAAUCACUAUUUAACUACAAAAUAGUGAUUAAAAAAGUGAUUAAGAGUUUUAUACAACCGGCCCCAGGGAAUUAAUUUUGAACUAGCCCGCGGAAUAUUUAUGAGACCGAGAUUUUUUCAAGCAGUGAUUCCUUAGGAAUCAAAUCGUUACGUGUCUAAAUUAGUUAAACUACCAAUCAAACAUCUUCUUCGUAACUUGAAAGAAAUAGCUUCCCACACCUCUUCUAAUGAGUUUUAGAAGAAUCAUACUAAUAUACUAUUGGAUAUGGUACUCUACUCGCUAUCUGUUCCUCGAUAGAUAGCGAGUCGAGUAACAAAACAAUCAUUUCCUGGUGCAUUUUUAAAAAUUGGCGCGUUAGUAUUGAAUUAUUAAAUUAUUUUGUGGAAUAUUUUAAAUUUGAUCUCUGAUUCUACUGAAACAAUUAUUAGAUUACUCCCUCUCGAUUUCUAUGAGGUGAUAGUGGAUUCGUAUAGCUCAUAAAAAUCUCGAGCUCGGAAUUUAAUCGAGUUAAUGAGACUUGAGGCGGCCAUAUGGUAGAUGACUUCAUUAAUUAUUCACUGGGAAAGGCAGAAGGAAGAGAGUUCAUCUGGUCAUGUGAAGUUCUUAUGUCCCCCACAAGUUCGCCAGGGGCAAUGAAAAUGGCCAUCUAUACCCGACUCUACAGGGCCGCCACUAAAGGGGGGUGUUGAAUCUCAGUCGGCAAAUUGUUUUCGUAGUCAGCAAAACAUGAAUUUGGAUAGGAAGGAAUUUUUUCCUAAAAUUUCCAUAAAAUACACUGACACUGACUAAAUUAAAGAAUGAUGGCUAAAAUGUGGAGAAAUUUACGAGAAAAUGAGGGAAAAUGGAACGAACAACGGUGGCAGUUAAUUAAAAUAAGAUGGCAAAUAUGGUGUCCGGAAAUUUUGUUUUAUGUUGAGCCGCCGGUACCCCACGCUCGCCAACAAUUUUUGGGGAAAAUAUUAAUUAGUGGUUGUAGUGACUCGGCAAAAUUUCCCCUGAUAACUCGGCAAAAUUCACUUAAGCAGUUAAGCCCCGUUUACACUACGCUCAAUUUUUGGUACUGUACCACUUUUUGGUUCUUGGACUACCUAAAUAGGUAGUCCAAGAACCAAAAAAGUGGUACGGGUACCAAUUUUAUCCGUACCGUACCAAAAAUUGAGCGUAUAGUGUAAACGGAGCUUUACACUCCCCCAUUCAAAGAAGUCUAGCGCCGCCCCUGCGAUUCUACACUGCAAAAAACGCCCAGCUUGUAACAAUGUUGAUGAAAACAAGCUUGAACAAUGUUUUGCUUCCCAUAUUGUUCCUGGUUGUAAACAAUAUUGUUCAGACUGAACAAUGGUGCUGAACAAUAUUGUUAACAACCAGGAACAAUAAGCAGGGCAGCAAAAUAUUGUUCAGGACUGUUUUCAACAACAUUGUUGCACGGUCAACUGCUGAAGUUGAAAUUGAUUAAAGAAAAUUUUUGUCUCAAUUCGAAAUUAAUUAUAUCAAAAUUUAUUGAGCAACGCAACGUUUCUCUUUUAAAUUUUAGGUCGACGGUUUGACAAAAAUGGUAAUAUCAUUGGUGAAUGGUGGCAUUCUUCCGCACUUAAAGAAUUUGAUAGAAGAGCACAUUGUAUUGAGGAGCAAUACUCAAGAUACAAGAUACAAAAUAAAUAUCCGGUGCGUUUUGACAGUUCACUGGUCAACAAAUCUGAACGGCAUGGCGAACGCACUACAAUCAAAAUACAGACUAUACAAAAAUAAUUUCAAACUAAAUAACUUCCCUUGCAUGAUACCCUCACCAGCUUGUGCCCUGCACUUAUUAGCCAAUCACAGCACUUCUUUUAUUCAAGUAUAUAUUUUCUAAUCAAUUUAGGUCAAUGGUAAAAUUACUCUAGGUGAAAACAUUGCAGAUAACGGAGGAACAAAGUUGUCAUACUAUGUAAGUUUUUUCAAGCUUAAACUUAUUUUAAAAUUUCAUUUUCACACUUUAUAGACAUAGGUGAGACUUGCUUUCUUCCCGGCAUCCUAUUAAAUAGCUGAAAUUUAUUCAUUCCAACUGAAUCUGUUUUUCUAAUCCUCCCACACGUGUACCCUAGUUCGUGUGAUUCUCGUGUUUUAUUAAAGGGUUAGGAGUUAGGGAGUUGGGAUCUUAUUUAGCUGCUAUGUUGAAAAUAUAUUAUAUAUUAUUAAAAUAUAUUACAGACCAGGCCUGAUUACAGACAACGCAAAGUGAUCCCCUAUUAAGAUGCCUGUGGAGAAUGCUCGGGUGAAAUUUGUGUGAAACUGAGUGAAUUUUUUUACUACAGUAUUUGGAAGGGAAACCAAACAGAGAUCCAGAAUAGACCUUUAUAAAAAGGUUGACGUCAGCAGGCUUGUGACGUAGUUUGCGGAGAAAAUCCCGAAAGCUCAGAGUUGUUUACUUGUUUUGAGUUUUUUAAGAGCCAAAAGAAGCCAGUAUUAUGGUAAGUUUGAAGUAAAUUUUUCUAUAUAUAGGCCAAAUGAGUUUUCAUAUUCGUUAGAGUUUAAAUCUUAUUUGUUUCGCUCGGUCUGUUUACAUAUUUCGUUGCUAAAAAGUUUCUUUUUUCGGCUUUUUUGUUUCUCAAAUUCAUCAGUCUAAUCAUCAGAAUGGCCCAACCUGGCAAAACCUUGAUAGGAAAUUAAAGCUAGAUUGUUGACCCAGAUGGCACGGAAAGUUUUAUACACGAUUGAUAACUUGUCAUGUAUGUUCACUUCAACUAUUUAUCGAUAAAAUAAUAGACUUAUGCACCAGUCAAUGUAAACCCCCGCUCUCCCCAACCGGGGAGGGGCGGGGAUUUUGACUUAGAGGGGUAGUAAAAGAGCGAAAUUGUCCCCGCCCCCGGGGAAAGCGUAAUUAAUCAAUGUCCCCACAUGUCUCUCAACCGCGGGAAAAUAGUUUUGUAUAUAUUUCAUAGAUCAGCAAUAGAAAAUCAAAUUCAUUUAUGUUAUUGUAUUUAAACUUUUCUUGUAAAGAAAACUAAAACAGCAACACAGGGUAUAUAUGUUAACCACUGAAUCCAUCCCCCCGAUUUCUUCCCCGCAUCGUCUACCGAAAGAGAAAAUGUUGUCCAAGUCCCCCAUCAUCGGGGACAUAUUUACCAUAAAAACUGACCACUUUCCCCGCUAAAUCCCCGCCCCCUCCCCGGUUGGGGGGGGGGGAUUUACAUUGACUGGUGCAUUAGUCUUAGUUUAUAUGUCUAAGUUCACUUAUGACUUAUGUACCUCUUUGCACGAUCACUGAGCCUGUGUAUUGCUGUCUAUAGCUUGAUUGGGGCCAUUCUGAUGAUUAGACUGAUGAAUUCGAGAAACAAAAUAGAAAAAUUCUACUUUUUAGCAAAGAAAUAUGUAAACAGACCGAGCGAACAAUUUGCUGAAUGUUGACAGUAAAAUAAAUGUACAAUCUAAUAUAAAAUCAAAUAAAAUUUAAACUCUAACGAAUAUGAAAACUCAUUUGGCCUAUAUAUAGAAAAAUUUACUUCAAACUUACCAUAAUACUGGCUUCUUUUGGCUCUUAAAAAACUCAAAACAAGUAAACAACUCUGAGCUUUCGGGAUUUCCUCCGCAAACUACGUCACAAUCCUGCUGACGUCAAUCUUUUUAUAAAGGUCUAUUGCGUAACACGUUUCUCAGUAUUUUUUUUUUAUAUAGAAAGAGAACAUUUCUAGAAAUAUUCCUGCCUUAAUUGUUCCUAGACUAUGUCCGAUUUACAAGAUAUUUGAUACAAACUGACCAUGCUUAUUCUAAAAAAAACAGGAAAAAUACUCAACUAUAUUUAGCCUGGUCGGUUCACACUAGAUCAAAGUCGGAGACCAUUUGAUUAAGUAUACUGAUUUUGAUGAACAUUAAUACACUAUUAAAGUGGCUUAAAUUCAACAGCCUUUACUGCUUUAGUUAAUCACAUUUAACCAUUUUCCGUUUUCACUAAACGACUUUCACAAUUACACUAAAAUACUAAAUGAAAAUAAAAAAUAUCCAUUAAAAUGCUUUUUGUGAUAAAAACAUAACUCAUUAUAUACAGUGGUUUAUUGUAUCAAAUGAUAAAAUGAAUUAUUCAUGACUUAUUCAUGACAUGAUAAAAACGCUGAAAAAGUCACCAAUCUACAAGGGAUCUAGUUCAAGAGGGAUUAUCUUCAGACAAUAAUUAAAUCCGGAUCAACUUAUUAGUGCUUUUUUAUUAUUUUAACGGAAUGUUGAAUAUGGCGAUCUUGCAAAUCAACUACAUUCCUCGCAUAUUUUUAAUCUGUUCACAAAUUAUUGGAGUUUUUAAAUUGACCUUGCAUAACAAUUCACGAUUCAUAUAUUGAUCGGAAUGUUCCAUUGUUUGUUUCAUCGCUUUGGGAAUUCCAUAGUUCUCCUUUUCAUCCAGUUACCUAUUGUGUUGGCUUAUUAUUCUAUUAUUAUUACUUUCAAGUCUUUUAUGUCAUGUUUAUUGUAUUUGAGCACGAGUUGAGAUAAAUUUUAACAAUUUGAGCGCACAUGAACAAUUUUUGUCAUGAACAAAAUGUUUCAUGAUCACUUAGUGAAAAAACCCUUACAGUGUGUUACCUUCAGUGACUGGUUAGUUGCAUGUUGUCAAGCGUUCCCAUCAUUGAAGUUGAUAAAGUAUACUAAUCCAGAUUAAGACAAGAUUAAUUAGCCAAUGAGCCUUAUAAGUGUAGAAUAUCGUGGUUGAUACUUUGAAGAGCUAGACGAUAACAUGAUCGGUAUGGAUUAAAGAUUACUUCACACUUUCAAACAGCCAAAGAUGGGAUUCAGUAUCCCAUAUGAUGGCUUCUCACGCCUAACUUGUCAACAUUAAAAUUGCAUCCUCAUCUUUACGUUCGACGUCACGCAUCUCCAUCCAUUUCUUGAAUCUUCAUAUUAAUUUAAAAUUUCAACCAUUUCAUUCGAGCGUUAGCACCAGAAAUAGCCCAUGUUGCAUGUCGUGUAAUUGUGGCCACUGGCCAGCCUUGGUCCAGCCAUUUUUUUAAUGUAAACGUAACAUGAUGACUAAUGAGAUUUACAUUCAUUUUCGAGAAUUUCUGUUAGCACCUGAACAGGUUUCGGGCUUUUGUGAUCUUUUUUAUCUCAAUAUGUGAUAAUUACUGUGAGUGUGUUUUUACACUUCGGAACUUUUUGAUAUAAAAAUCUUCCGCACAAAACACUUCACAACAAUCUUUCACUCACACCAUUUACGAUUUAUCGGAUUGUUUUCCUAAUUUGAUAUGAGAAACAUCUUGAGGGUUAUAUAUUCGGCUUUUUUGUAUACAGUAUAUUAUCAUUUGAUUCUUUUGUGUGCUCUGCAUCAGGUUUUCUUCUUCUGUGAGCAUGUGGAAACAGCGAAAUCCUCUGCUGUAACCGGCCAGAGUAAAGAUGUAUGUAGAUUGGUGAAGUACAUUGGGGGCAAUAUGAAAAAAUUUCAUGCACAUGAUAAUUUGAAUAGCAUAAAAUUAUGCUAGUUAACAUAUUAAUCCCAGUUUUCCAUGUUCCAUUGUUGCUUGACAAAAGAUAAAUAUCUGUUGUUUGGUCAUGCAAUGUUUGACUAAGAGCAGCCGGAGAGAUACGCAAUAGCAGCCCAGAGGGGUUUAGUUGUAUUGAUAGUAAUUCUUCAAUAAGGCAUUCGAACUGGUCAUAUAUAUUUAUUUUAGUAAAAUACAUAAUUAACAAUAAAAUGCGGAUGUAACUCAUUUUAAAGUAAGGGAAUUUAAUACCUGAGGUUUGAAUGUAUUUGCAUGGGAUGAACAAGGAAAUAUAAUUAACGUAUUAUAACAAUUAAAGAGCUAAGAGUAUUUUGACCUGAAAUCUUAAUAGUACACCAAAAGUGACACAAAGUUUUGGGGUAAAAUUACUCAAAUUGACAAAUUUAUGAGAAAAUGUGACAUCAUACCUCAAGAAGUUAAUUAAUUCUGUUACAUUGGGAGUGUCAUUUAUACAGAAGACGGGAAAUCAACAAAAGGAAUCAGAAGAAGGAUUGGUAGUGCCAAAGAAAAAUUCAAAGAAAAGACUGAAUGAUUUUGACAACAUCCUGAGCUAGCAGUAUUAAUUUGAUAAAAAAAUUGAUAAAAUCAUUAAUCUGCAGCGUUUGUUUACAUGCUUGUGAAACAUACAUUAAGGCUGGAAGCAGAAGCUGCGGAACUGGGGGUAUUGAGGGAAGAUGACCCCCCCCCCACACACACACACUUUUUGUGCAAGGCGAAAAUGUGCCCUUUAUGUGGAAUAAAAGUGCCCUUUUUUCCAGCCAAUUAAGAAGGAAUUAUAAAUGCCUCCUUAAGCUAAUAAGUCCACAAAUGCCCUGUUGGCAGAAACCAAAAGUAUCGUUAGGGUAGUGUACGUUUUUAGGAAGAAACAAGUAAAAUAGAGUGAAUCGACACCAUGCAAAUCAGGGUUUAUAGCUUGACUUUUUAUCUUGAUUGCGUAGACGAAUCACAAAUCGCAAUUUAUUUGUGUUCUCAGAGGUCUGCCCGGGAAUGUUUUAUUUUUUACUGCAAUCUUAUUUGAUUUGUUAUCGGCACGUAAACAAGGACAGAACUGAUGAACUGAACUUAAGUCAGUUGAUCGCUAAAGACUUUGUUAUCCAUAACGACCGGAGACUUGAAUUUUUUGGCAAUUCUGAAUGAAAUUGCCGUAUUAAUUAAAAAAAAUGGUCUCUUUAAAUUGGUGGAAUGUGUUCAUGUUCAGUUGAUAUCCGAGGCUGUAUAUUGCAUACCUCCAAACCUCCAGACCUUCUAAGGACACAUCUAACAUAUUUCAGCAGGAUGUUUGCUGACUCAAGUGCCCUUUCUGGUCAGUCCCCCCCCCCCACGUGCACCGUUUUGAGGUGGUUCCGGGGCCUCUGGCAGAGUGUCAGGAAGAUGUGAAAGAUGUGAUGCUGGAGAAGGAUGACGCAAGUUAAAUGGUCAGAUUUCAGAAGAAAUGAACAUAUUCUUAAAGAAAAUUCAGCGCCAAACGGAUACAACAGCGAAAAGAAAUUGACCAUAACCGAAGGCAUGAUUCCUUGAUAAAACAUUCUUGAACUGAAGCUGAAGAUAUAACUCGGGAAAACCAUGUAGAGGACUGAAGAAAGAGACAAUGCCCUAAUGCAAGGAGACAAUGUCCUCUGGGUUCGUUAAAUGAUAGACGAAGCUAUGAAAUUCUAAAAAGAACUGGAAAUGACCAUGGACCUGCAAAUGGCAGAUGAUAUGGCGCUUAUGCAUGCGUCAGCCCUGCGUUACCCUUAGCAUUAUUUCUUAUUAUAAGUUUGAUCAUGUACAGGCCAGACUUCAAAGAACUAUUGUAGGAUUCUGAUCAACCUCGUACCCAGGAUCCCAAAGGACAGACCCUGGGAACGAGGUUGGAUUCUGAUAUGAAUGAAGGAUAUCUGUGUCAGAUUAUACGAGCUAUACUGUUUUGAGUUUUUGACAUAUCGAUAAUUAGGAAUAUUCAUAUAUUCGUGUUCUGCAUUAUUAAUUUAUUUUGAAUCGAUUGUUUUUAAGGUCUGUGAACACGAAUAUAUGAAUAUUGGCCCCCCAAUUAUCGAGCUGGCUACGCCACUGAUAUCGUCGGUCAAAUGAUUAGCAAUAAUUUCUUUUUUAUUUGAAGGCGUACAAGAAUUGGUUGAAGGAAAAUGGAGAAGAGAAAUCGCUUCCAGAUUUACCUUUCAACAAUGAACAACUAUUUUUCAUUGGUUAUGCUCAGGUGAACUAACAUUGGGAUGUAUAUAGGGGAUAGUAAACGAUAAAACAUUCAUUAUCUAUUCAUUAUCCGAUGGCCUUAGUAGAUGCAUGCAUGAUACACAACAUGUCAAGGUGAUACUUCUAAUCUAUGAAUAACAAUGCCGGCAAAACAAUUUGCAGAUACCGUGUCAAAGAGACACAGAAUAUUUGCAAUGUGUCAUGGUCCAAUCUUUAAAUUGUGCCAGUGUUAGCCUAAAUUUUAUGAAAUUGCGUUUAGGAAUAUUGUGGUGUUUCUCAUCCAAAAACUGAGUAUAUAUCUAUCUUGAGCGAAGUACAUGCUCCUCCACGCUUCAGGUAAUUAUUUUUAUAUAUAUACAGGGUGUAUAAAAAAAAACGCAAUCCUCGACUGAAAUGUAAAUUGCUAAACAAAUAAUAGACGAAAACGUUAAAGUUUACAUUCAUUUUAAAGCGUAGCCAUUCAGCUUUCUAACAGUGGGUUGUUUCUUAAAUUUGACUCAUUGGUUCGCGGGUAAUAAUACUUUACGUUAUUGCGAUUGGAGAUUAAAAAAAUUGAGAUGGAAUAACAAAUCGUUCUCAUGAAAAUAACUGAUUUUUUCAUUAAAACAAAUAAAUGUUGCAUUUUAUUAAAUGGAUUGUAACAAUAAGUAUAAUUACGGCUUUUCUUCCACUAUUUUUAACUCAGUUUGAAACUUCAAAUGCGAUAUAAUUUUGGCUUGGACCAUCUAAGCUGACUGACAUCAGCUUGCUAUAAUUUCUGUUUACAUUACAUGUUUGUUUGAAAGAGAAAAGAACAGGCUUUGAAGUAAGCCUAAAUGCGUUUAACUAGAAAUAGUAUUUCGAAAGUUAUUAAGCACAAAAGAUGAAUUGCGUUUAUUUUGAUACACCCUGUAUAGGCCUAUAUUAAAAUGCAAUUACAAAUUUCCCAAGGUCUUUCUUUCGUCACCGGCCACCUGAAUGCGUCCUGCGUACCAGACUGUUUACAUGCACUUUUACAUUUCACGAAAUACCACAUACUUGUAACCCCUUCUUUUUCCAAGUGAGCAAUUAUCAAAUAGCUCACCUGAAGAACACAAGAAAAGCGGUUUAGCUGGUUUUAAUAUGAUAAAUUAGCCAUCUUGACAGUAACUGUUUUUGAAUCAUGUUUUUAACUGCUUUUUAAAGUUUUUGUUGGUUUGAAAAACUGAUAAAUACAUAUAAUAUUUUCCUAGGGUUAUUGGAACAUUAUCGAAUUCUAUUCCAUUUUCAAAGGCAUUCAACUGCAAACCUGGCUCAUCAAUGAAUCCAAUAAAAAAGUGUGAAGUUUGGUGACAAAACGAUAUCAUUAAAACUAGAAGUAGAAAUCUCUUAAUCUCUGUUACUUUUGAAACAAAAUAAAUUAUAUUAUAUAGCC